AUGGCCUCGAGCUGUGGACGACGAGAAAUUCUCUUCAACAAGAACCAUCAUUUAACCUUCUCGGUCAUCAUCAUUUCGAGUUGUAUCCUUCUUUCAUUUCUAUUCUUUUCCUUGCAUUCCAUACAGACACGACAUUUUCCACACCAUGAUGAUGAUUUUUCUCAGAUGAUGGUCCACCACGUGGUGCGAGCGGAAUCAUCGUCCUUGUCAGAAAUCAUGUCGACAAUGUCCAUUGAAAAUCAUGAAAAUGACACUCUUCAUCUCUAUAUCGACUCGGUGAAUGGUUCUGAUUUGAACCAAAAUGAUUGUUCUUUGAAAGAUCGACCUUGUCAAUCCAUUCAAGCAAUUCUUGAAAAAAAUCGAGCAUUGGAACGAAAUAUUCUUCCCAUUGUGCAAUUGAAUGUGUUGAGUUCUUUACUUGAAAUUCCAAGUUGGAUCAAUGGAACGUAUUAUUUACCUAUUAAAAAAACUUUUAGAAUUGUUGGAAUGGGAAUUCGAAAUACGACUCUGUAUCAAGAUGUGAGUUUUCAAAAGUUGGAUCUUCAGUUGUCGUUGUUGAGUGCGAUGAGAGUGAAGGAUGAAAUGUUGGUGGUGGAAUUUUCUGAAAUGACAAUCAAGACAUUAAAGUUGGGAAAUAUGCCAGCUGUCACGAUUUUUAAUUGUUUAUAUGAUACAAUUUAUUUGAGAAAUGUGACAAUAAUUAACAUGGAAUUUUGUGAAAGUAUUGUCACACCCAUUAAUGAAUCAAAAAAGCCAUCCAAUGGAUCAACACUAUUACUCAAUAUGUAUACCAAACUAAGCUUUUCUAAUAUUCGACUAAAUCCACAAAGUACUGUUUUUGGAAAUGUUGACAAAUCUUCAAUCACCAAUUUGGGUCUCAUUAAGGCUACAGAAAGUAUGAUUUAUUUCUUUCACGUCAUUGUCUCCAAUCCAGAAGAAAACAAUACUCUAGUUGCUUAUAACAUUGCCAUGGACAAUUGUUUACUUCACAUUACAGAUUUUAACCAAAUUAUCAUUGGAAAUGCAAUAUUCACAGGAAAUUUAUAUGCCUCUCGAUACAUGCAAUAUUUAUCGUUUCUACAAUCGGACGAAGAGCUUUUACAAAAUAGGCCAAUAGAAAUAUUAGCAAAAGAUUUGAUAUUUUCACAAUCUUCUGUGAAUAUUGUGGCACAAGCCAGAGCAUCUGCGGGACUGGUCAAUUGCAUAUUUACACAAGCUAAGCAAACAGGAGCUCUACAUUUAGAAGGUGUUGGAUUACUGACAAGUAUCACUAAUUCACAAUUUUUGGACAAUGAAUCUGCAAGAGGAGGUGCUGCCAUCAUGAUGCGAAGUGUCUAUUUUACCUAUGUUCAGAAUUGUACCUUUGCACACAAUAGACAAACAUCUCCAAAUUUCAAUAUUGGAUUGCAAACCACUGGAGGAGGAGCUAUUCAUCAAUAUCAAAGUGUAUUCUCUUCAAGUUUUUGCACCUAUGUCAAUAACACUGCCAAAACCUAUGGAGGUGUUCUUUAUUCCUAUUUAGGUAAUCGUGUGUGGCUCAUUGGUGAUAAAUUUCACGAGAAUAUGGCAGCCAUUGGUGGAGCUAUUUACACUAAAAACACAAUGUCUGUUCUUCCUUUCAUCCUUGAAGAUUGUGAAUUUCGUAAUAAUUUUGCAGAAAAAUUUGGAGGAGCUCUCUUCUCAAUUCGUGCUGCCAUGCAAAUUUCUUCGUUUGCUUCUAAAUUACCAGUGAUUUCACAAAAUACAGCUCGUGUGACUGGAGGAGGUUUAUAUCAAUGUGAAUCUACUGUCAAUUGGUAUGAAACUCGGGUGAAUGAAUUUACACAACGAACAGAAAAGGUGUUAAUUUCUUCUGAAUCGAGUGUGCAAGCUCAAGCAUUGAUUCCACAAUUUAUUAAGGGAAAUACCGUACUCACACCAUUUCAUUUGCCAGAUAAGACAUCAUUUCCAGGAGAGGCCUUUCUUAAACUACUUGUUAAAAGACCACAAAGGACUCGUUCUACAAGUUCACAAACCAAUCAUGAUCAACACCAAUUAAUACCAUUGUUGGGAACCAAUUCGAGUGAUCCCAAUGUCUAUUUUACAACUUAUUUUGGAGAAGAAUUGACGUUUGAAUUAUGGUUGAAAGAUACCUUUGGACAAAACAUUCCAUACGAUGGAACGUUGAUGCUUAUUGACACUGUGGAUGAUGAAAUUGUUUAUUCUGAAGUGAGGAGUAACAUUUUUGAGAAGGACGAAGAAGGUAAACUUCCACUGUUCCAUCCUGAUGUGAAAUUACUUUCCUACUCGUAUCACGAUCCAUUUCCUCAGAAUGCAACAGUGAAAUUUUCACUGACCUUUCUUCAAGAUUCAGUUGUAACGUUUUAUUUUCAUGUCCAUUUUGUGUUUGAAUCUUGUCCAACAAUGCAUUCUUCAGCGAGUAAGACUCAUGCGAUGGGAAAGAAAGUUUAUUAUUGUGAAUUUAAUGUAGCUUAUUUAUCACCUCUGAUUAUUGUGAUUGGAUUAGUGGUAUUGAUUACUGUGAUUGUUAUUACUGUAUUUUCAGUUCGAAAAUUGAAAAAGAUGAAAUUUAGUGUGAAAUUAUUGAAACAAAAAGAAAAGGCUGAAAUUGAAUUGACACAAAAGUUGUUGGAUUUACAAACAUUGUAUGCAAGUGAAUUGGAACAUAGACAUUCAUUUAAGGAUUGGUUAAUUAAAUUGGAAGAUAUUGAAAUUAUUUCAAAAAUUGGAGAAGGAGGUCAGGGAGUAGUUUACAAGGCGAGAUGGAGAAAUGCAGAUGUUGCUCUCAAAAGUAUCAAAAUUGAUGAUUCUGACUUGGAUAGUAAUGAAUUUGAAAACGAGGCAUCUCUUCUCAGCUCCAUUCGUCAUCCCAAUGUUGUUACCUUUUUUGGAGUUUGCCUCACAGAAUCCAACAAGUUUAUGGUGACCGAGUUUAUGCAUGGAGGAUCUCUUGAUUCACUCAUUUAUCAAUGCAAGUUAAAAAAGAAAUUCAUUCCAUUGGCUGAUAAAAUUCACAUGUUGAGCGAUAUUGCAAGUGGAAUGAGUUAUUUACAUCAUGGAAGAGACAAGAUGAUCAUUCACAGAGAUUUGAAACCAGGAAAUAUUUUAUUGAGCAAUGACUUGACUUGUAAAGUGUGUGAUUUUGGAAUGUCUAAAUUGUAUCAGCAAGAGAGUGAUAGAACCAAGACAUGUCGCGUUGGAACAUUGCUCUAUAUGGCACCUGAGGUACUGUUAGGGGAGUAUUACAAUGAGACAGCAGAUGUCUAUAGCUUUGCUCUUAUCAUGUGGCAAUUAUGCUUUGAUGAAAGUACUCUCUUUUCAUCGUCCUUCUCUAAAGACGCGAAAUUUACAUCUUUUAUGUCCAGUGAACAAAUAUCUCAAUAUAGUUCUCUUAAUGACUCCAUUGUAGUGUUACCAAAAUUAGUGACGGAUGGUUUGCGAUUACCGAUACCUUCUCUUCCUCUAGAUGCUAGCUCUAACACAUUAAGGACAUGGAUUGACGAAUUCUUCUUAAGAAACUCGAAUGGUAUUGUUUCGCCAAAAUCGUACGACACUCAUAUUUCAGUGCUCAACGAUUUUUUCAACUUGUUGGUACAAUGUUGGAGCAAGGACAUUUCUGAGCGACCCUCAUUUUCAUUGAUUUUCAAUGAUCUGUGUAAAAUGGAAAAGAAUUUACGAAGCACAUAUUGA